AUGGGUAGUGACUGGAUUCACUGUAAUGCAUGUGGCAGGCAACCUGCUCAAGGUGUUGUCUAUUUCAUUUCUAGCUGUGGUCAUAUUGUUUGCCAAAAAUGCAGCACUUCCACUAAUGCAGCAGAUGGAAAAGGUGCAGAAUCACUGUGUCCAUCAUGCAAUAAGAAAUGCAGUCUCGUAGAAAUAAAUAGGAAUCUCAGGCCUGAAUUACAGAUGUUAUUUCGAAACCCAAAGGACCUCGCAACGCAGUACAUGAAGAAUCUCUCUCAAGUUCUAGAUUUCCAGUCGAGCAACAGGGCCCGACUAUCAAAAAUAAUCAAUGAGAGGGAAAAAAAGGCCGUCAAAUUUGCGCAUUCGGCUCAGGAAGAGAUCAAGAGACGCAUAGAUCUGGAGAACAAGGCUGCCAAAGAACAUAUGCGCGUAAAAUGUGAAUUAGACAUGGAACGAAUGCGUUGCCGCGAACUUGAAGCUAAGCUUGCUGAACAAGAAGAGCGAAUUAAAGAGCUACAAAAAGGUAUGGGAAAUCUCCCACCGAUAGCUCGCUCAGAUUCCGGCAUCGAUGCUGAAAUGGAGACUGGAGAUAGCGGUCUCUCGUUCCUCAAUGUUGCUACGAGUACACCGAUACUCAACAGUAGCCCAAUGAAUCGCUUCACUUCAACUGGACAUAGGAAUCACAAUCACAUUUCCGAUAUGUUCGCGAAUGCCGAGAAAGCACUCCCUUCACCUAUCACCUUCCCAUGCGACCAGGUGAUGACAACACCAGCAAUGUUGGGAUUAAAGAAGCCAAAACAC